AUGCGCAGACUCGGCAACCGCAUUACCAAGCAUUCUCCUACCCGCGGGUACAGCAUGGAACUUGGCGCUGCCAUUACAGUCCUGCUUGCGUUGCGGCUGGGUCUGCCUGUGUCCACGACGCAGUGCAUUACCGGCGCCGUGUUGGGUGUUGCGCUGGUGACCAUAGAUCUGAAGAGUAUUAAUUGGAAACAGCUGGCGAAGAUCUUCCUUGGUUGGGUGCUGACGCUGCCGUGUGCGGGUCUCAUUAGUGGGAUUAUCAUGGGGAUGGUGCUGAAUGUUCCUCAAUGGGGACGGUAA